AUGAACGUUGAAGAAGAUCCUGUCAAUUUGCAGAUUUUCGUGCCGGAGCUAAAUGUUCGGAAAUUUCUUACGGUAACUCCGAAUGAUUUUGUGUGGGAUGUCAAGCGAAAACUGCUGGCAACACUUCCACAGGCACUGGCACAAGCCUUCAACUACGGUCUAUUCUUGCCGCCAUGCGACGGUCGCGCCGGCAAAUUUUUGCUCGAAGACCGCACAAUUCGCGACUAUCCAUUCACCGACUGUGUGCCAUAUCUCGAGCUCAAAUACAAGAAACGCGUCUACAAAAUGUUGUCACUUGAUGAGAAGCAACUCAAGAACAUGCACACCAAGAGUCAACUGAAAAAAUUUAUGGACUACGUGCAGUCGAAGAACAGCGAGAAAGUGGAGAAGAUGUGCGCGCGAGGCCUCGACGCCAACUUUCACGAUUCUCAGGGCGAAACACCGCUGACACUAGCCGCUGGCAUUCCAUCGAAUCGCGGGGUGAUUGUCGCCUUAGUCGGCGGCGGUGCUCAUAUUGAUUUUCGGAAUUCCGAAGGCCAAACGGCAAUGCAUAAGGCCUCAUUCCUAUCCUCUUAUGAGAAUGUGAAGACUUUGAUCGAACUGGGAGCGAGUCCCAAUUAUCGGGAUCCCAUUGGGUUGACACCACUUUACUACAACAUGCUAACGGCGGACUCGAAUGAUCAAGUGGCUGAGAUGCUGCUCAGGGAAGCGGCGGACAUCGGUGUUACUGAUAUGCAUGGGAACCAUGAGAUUCACCAAGCUUGCAAAAAUGGUCUCGUGAAACAUGUUGAGCAUUUGCUUUACUUCGGAGCCACCAUUGACGCUGAGAACGUGAAUGGGAACACACCAUUACACGUCUGUGCUGUCAACAAUCGGCCCGAAUGCGCCAGAGUUCUGCUAUUUCGCGGUGCUGAUCAUCUAACGGUGAACAAGCAAGGGCAAACUGCCCUUCAUGUGGCUCACAUUGUUGGAAAUCCAGCCGUCGCUGAAGUCAUUCAAGCACAUAAUCCGUCGUCCUCUGUGCCUUACCGGGGGACACCGCAAUAUUCAACUCGACGAAGGCUGAGCUCAACGAUAACCCGAAGGCGAUCGAUGUCGCAGUCUUCCAUAUGCAGUCAGGAUAUCUAUAGGACGCCACAAAGCACUCGACGGAUUCCGUCCGCAGCACCGUCACCAAGCCCAUCGCGAGCAUCUCGUACAACCAUGACGCCAUCGGAAUAUGGAACAAUGCGGCGGAAUGGGUUAGAUCCGUUGCGCGGUCAAGAAGUCAAUGUUCCUCGGAUUCUCGUCAUCCCGCGAGGCGUCAAAGGAUUCGGUUUCAUUUUGAGAGGAGCCAAACACGUUGCCAUGCCUCUGAAUUUCGAGCCAACCCCUCAAGUGCCAGCGCUUCAAUUCUUCGAAGGUGUCGACAUGUCAGGAAUGGCGGUUCGAGCAGGUCUCCGACCCGGAGACUAUCUUCUCGAAAUCGAUGGAAUCGACGUGAAGCGUUGCUCGCAUGACGAAGUCGUCGAGCUCAUCCAGCAAGCCGGUGAUACCAUAACCUUAAAAGUGAUUACGGUGGACACUGGAGCGGAAAGCCGCGGUGGAACAUUGGUGCAGCGUCGGACUCAUUCCGCGUCCUCCCGCCAAUCAUUGGUGUUCACACCAACGCCAUCUGCAAUAUAUUCGACUUCGAACAGUGUGUAUCGAUUACGCUUUGAUGGCCAAUCCGAUUAUUAUUCGCCGAAUGAGAUUCGCAACACGUAUUCCGAGUCUCGCCACGCUUCCGUCAAACAUCGGCCAGGAAGUGGGCGGCGGAUAUCGGCGGCUGAGCUCGAGAAUUUGAUGGUCCGUCAGCGGGGUCCUUCACAGGCUUCGAAUUAUCAGCCACAGUAUGAUCAAGAAUCGCUGAAUGGCGGAUAUUCUUCGAAGAAGUACAAUUCGGUAUCUGAUAUGAAACGAAGGAAAGGCCAACGAAGUGUGGUUGCUUCUUCGGCUGGUCUCAAUCGCUCCACGUUUGAGCCAAACCCUCCUCCUCCAGCAACUAGCACUUUUGAGUACAGCUGCCAGAGCCGGAGCACACCGCAGCUCUCAAGGAUGGACUCUUUUGAUUCAUUUGAUGAUGAGGAAGAUCUUCCGGCUCCUCCUCCCCUGACUUCACCAUUCCCUGCAGAUUUGACAAGGGAGCAGAGGAGUGAGUACUCUAGGCCAUUUAGACCUACAUCAAGGCCGAAGACUCCACCUCCACCUCCGCCAAUGCAAAACUUUGCUCCUUCGUCAUCGAGAGCACCUCCGGCUCCACCUGCGCAGCCCACGAUAGUGACGGUGGAAUUCAAUCCUCCUUCAACGUCUUCGGCGCCACCGCCUCCACCACCUCCUCCUCCGCCUCCACCGCCUCCGCCUCCGGCUGCAAUUAGUUCAGGAGCUCCUCCCCCGCCUCCUCCCCCGCCGCCGCCGCCAGCAGAACUAAUGAAAUCGGUGACAUCUGCUCCAGCUCUGUUAACGUCAAAUAGCAAAGGAAUCUCGGCGGACGCGCUACGAUCUGUACAACUGAAAAAAGCGGAUAGUAGAGAAAUACCGGCGGUGAACAACAACAUCAACAACAACAACAACAACAACAAUUCGAAGACGAAGGAUUUCCAAAUGGACUUGAGGAAUGCGUUGGCGAAGAGGAGAAGCAAAGUGGCACACGACAUCGAUGAGGACGACGAAAAUCAAACAAGGUUCGAAGGGCUUUCGCUGCGAGAAACCGUUCGCGAAAACGUCGUUGAGCGCGGAAAAUUGAUGCAGAGCAAUGGAAUCGUGAAUAAGAAAGAUAGCGGGUACACUUCGUCAAGAACUUCGUUGGAACCUUCGGAAUCCGAGGAUAAGGAUCGUCCGCACUUCUCGCUAGAUCACUCGCCGAAUGUUCAACGUGUCACCCUGAUCUCGCAACACAUCGAGGACAGCUACGGUCAGAAAGACAAUAUGUCGAUGGCAUCAACAUCAUCGAGCUCCUCGACACUUGAGCCGAAUCGGAUAACGCCGUCGCACGUGCCGCCCGUUGAUUAUGACGAUGAUCCGGAUUCUGGGACUGGCGACAGCGAUGGAGAGAUUCGAUGCGGGGAGAUAUCGUUCCAACAUAAGAAAGUAGACGGCUGGACCGUUGGCGAUGUUCUCAACUGGCUGAGUUCGCUCCAUCUCGCCGAAUACGCCAACGCGUUCCGCACGCAACGCAUCGAUGGACCCGCGCUUCGCAAGUGCGAUAGAGCGCGAUUCACUCAACUCGGCGUCACUCGAAUAGCGCAUCGGCAAAUCAUCGAAUCGGCGCUUCGCACAAUCCUUCAGUAA